GAGAAGUGGGAGAACCCAAAUGGUUAAGGUCUGGCAUAUCCUCAUCCUGUUAUGUGUUUCCACCUUAUCGCAAUAUCCUUCAAUCGUGCGGUCUCUACAGUUGAAACUGGUACAUAGGGAUUCCAUCCAUUCUCCCCUCUAUCCUGGAAACCUCACAAACAAGGAGAGACUAGAACGUUUGUACAACUACUCAACCGCCGGAGAAGAGUUGUAUGAGACCAUGCUGUUGCAAUCCAAUUACAGCGAAGAUGCAAUCCGGCCAUUUGUUAAACCUUCCCGUAUUACCUACAUGGUGGAACUCACCGUGGGCACCCAUCCAGGGAGCCAAAACCCAAAGACCUUUCACUUGAUCUUGGAUGUUGGCAGCAGCCUUGUAUGGCUCCAGUGCGAGCCAUGCAGUAAUUGCUGGAGCCCGAAGGAGGGACGAUUUGAUCCGGAGAAAGACUCCACAUCCUUUGCCUCGGUUCCAUGCAACCAUCCAUUAUGUGGCUUGAGCAAACCCGGAUGGGCAUGCAUCCAAAACCAGUGCACCUAUGCCCAAAGUUAUGCCCAGCGUGCGACCUCAAAAGGCAUUCUCGGCCUCGACACCUUUGGUUUCGCCUCCGACGGCAAUGGGAUGGAGAAAGUUGACGGAUUGGUCUUUGGGUGUGGCCAUGACAACAAAGGCUUUAUUCAACCACCAGAAGUUGCAGGCAUCCUCGGCCUCAAUGCGCAGCCAAUAUCGCUGACGAGCCAAGUCCAGCAGCAAGUUGGAGGGGCCAAGUUUUCGUAUUGCCUCCCAUCCUCCAACGAUGCUGUAAGUCGUUUAAGGCUUGGUCGUGAUGCUGAUCUCCAAGGGCCUGACGUGAAGACAGUCCGUUUCAUCCCGACCCCUGGCUCGACGAGCUACUACCUCCCUUUGGUGGAUGUCAGCGUGGCCAACGAACGUAUUGGGUUUGAGGCCAAUGCUUUCCAACCGAUAAAGCAGGGAAGGAGCUAUCAGGGGGGAUUCAUCAUUGACUCCGGGGCUGCCGCCUCCUCCUUCAUGGGCUCUGGACCGAAUGGUGGACCAUUUGAGCGGGUUAAAAAUGCAUUCAAACAUUACUUCGAAAGCCAUGGGCUAAUUGAUCGCUCGGGCAGCAGUCGCAUCUUUGAAGUAUGCUACAGUAGCCAGGCGAACCAAGGUGGUCAGUUUUCAGAAUAUCCAACCAUGGCGUUCCAUUUUGAUAAUGGGAAUGAUUUAGUUGUGCACCCAAAUGACCUCAUUAUUCAGGACAACGGCUUUUUCUGCGUUGCAAUACGACGCACGCCUGGAAUAAGUGUUUGGGGAGCGUACCAACAGCAUGACUACAAGAUCUCAUUUGACAACGAAAACAAGAUGCUGUCGUAUGUUCGAGCAAAUUGCAACCACGAUGGGUAGUAGUAUUUUGUGAUGCGAUGGUGUCUUCUACCUGUUUAUC